UACAUUCUAAGCGAGCUUAACUUAGCUUCGCAUAAAUAGUUAAUCGUUAUGUUAUAUUUCUAAUGAAUGGUUAUCGCAGUUUUGUUUAAAGCUCAGCGAAGCUUGUUUUAGACUUUAAAUAGUGUUGAACGGUGUUUUUAUUGAUAAGUCGCGUGUAAAGUGAGGAUUGCAAAUUAUAAGUGAGCUGUUACUAUGUGAGUGGAAAUGCACAGACGUUAUGGGUAGCGAAUGAAAGGAUGCUGUAGUGAUGCGUUGGUGGUUCGUGUUGGCGGCGAUGGCCGUUGUGGCUUCGGCCCUGGCGGUGUCCAGCCCACGUCGGUGUGCUGGUAGAUUAGCCAGGGAAAGGCUGAAAGCUGCAGAAAAAAUCCGAGAUAAGAGAUACUUCCAGUUGUGCUGCACUCCUUCGUGUGGUCUUCUAUAUCGGAAGCCAAGGCCUCCACCUGCGAGGCGCUACCAGCCCUUCCACAAAACUUGGCUGGGACUGAAGUAUGGGUGCAACUGUUCAUCGAUCGGUUCGGAGAGCAACGUGUGCGACAUUCGCACGGGGCAGUGCCGUUGCAAGCAACACGUUACGGGCAGAGCUUGUGAAACAUGCGAGGAGGGCUAUUGGGGUCUCCACCUAGGCGGGUGUCGACGCUGCGCGUGCGGCCCUGGCGCGUCAGCUUGCGACCCGGAGACAGGAGCCUGCGCCUGCGCAGAGGGUGUUGGUGGUGCUCACUGCGACACCUGUCUCCCUGGCUACUACGGUUUCGGACCUACUGGAUGUCUACCGUGUCCAGAAUGCACAGACGGGAAGGUAUGCUCCCCGCACAGUGGGCGGUGUGUGUGCCCGGCGGGGUCCAUGGGCGCGGGCUGCAGGCAGUGUGCCCGCGGGUACUGGGCCGUGGGCAACACUUGCAGGCCUUGCAACUGUGGCGCGGGCGCAGUCUCUAGUUCACAAAGAUAUUCUCCACUGUCCACAGACACAUGCGACCCUCAGUCCGGUCAGUGUAAGUGCCGCGCGGGCUGGGAAGGACCCACGUGCGAACAGUGCGCGCGCGGCCACUACGGAGCCAAGUGUCGGCCCUGCCAGUGUGAUACUGCAGGCUCUAGAGACUGCGAGGACGGGCUCUGUCCUUGCGACGAGUGGGGACGGUGUUCUUGUAAGGAAAAUGUAGUAGGCGAGAAGUGUUCGGAAUGCCUGGAGGGUACGUUCGGUCUGUCAGCACAGAACCCGGUGGGCUGCACGGCGUGCUUCUGCUUCGGGCGCGCGGCGCAGUGUCGGCAGGCACAGCUCGCGCGCGCUGCGCUGCACGCUGCCGCUCCCCUGCAUGUCACGCUACAGAGACCGCCGCAUGACGUCAUUACUACUAUGGACCAGGACUCCCUCCUAGCCAUCCACACUCACACAGCGGACGCCACAAUUUCCCUCCCCUGGCCCCCUGUCCCUGUCUACGUAGAACUAGACAAACGCUUCGUAGGGGACCGAGUGACCUCCUACGGGGGGUCCCUGAGGUUCCGCGUGGAAGAGGAGGGAGGGGUCGAGCUGAGUAAGGAGGUGCUGGACCGGUUCCCUCUCGUGAGGCUGUACAGUAAGAACAUCGUGCUUGAUUAUUUCGAGCUUGAUCCAGCAAUAAAUGGGUCCCACGUGGUGCGUCUCCACGAGUCACUGUGGUCGGUCCGUGGCGGGGGCCGUACUCUGGGCCCCCGCGGGUCCCGGGCCGCGCUGAUGUUGGCGCUGCGUCGCGUGGACAGACUGCUCGUACGGGUCACUACCAGGGCACCCACACACACUGAGCAUGUACAUGCAUUGCUCCUCAACGUAUCAUUAGACACGGCAAUCCCUGGCCUAAGUCGGUCCGAACCAGCAUUAGGUGUGGAACUAUGUGACUGUCCCCGCGGGUACUCGGCCAGCUCAUGCCAGACUCCUGCCAUCGGGUUCUGGAUGCCCCCGCCCACAGUGCACAUGUCCACGGUGGCCGGCACCAUCGUUAUCAAGCUGGAUGAGGAGGCUCAGCCUUGUAUCUGCAAUGGCAGGGCUACUGAGUGCCAUCCUGAUACUGGAGAAUGUCUGAACUGCACAGGUGGUACAGGCGGGCCCCGGUGUGCGGAGUGCGCGGCUGGCCACUAUGGGUCCCCGGGGGCCCCCGGCGGCUGCCAGCCCUGUCCCUGCCCCGAGCGCGCCAGGAACUUCGCAGAUUCCUGCAUCAUGCAUGAUGGCAAACUACAGUGCCUCUGUAAACCUGGCUACACAGGUCCGGAGUGCGAGCUAUGUGCAGCAGGGUGGCGGCGUGAGGGCGAUGUGUCGGGCCCCUGUGUAGCGUGUGCAUGCGACCCGGCCGGCAGUCUGGGCCCCACCUGCGACCACUGGGGCCGCUGCCACUGCAGAGACUUCGCCACCGGACCACGCUGCGAUCAGUGCAGACCGCCCAGGACUUACAUGGAUGAUAAUGGAUGCAGGCCGUGCGACAACUGCACCCAAACUCUCCUAGACUCAGUCGAGACGCUAACAGCAGAACUACGUACCAAAGCAGAUCCAAGGGAACUGAGUCGUAUACCGAAACCAUUCGCCGCAGUACGAGAGUUCUCUCACAACGCCACUGUACUUAGAUCUAGUCUCGAACACUUAAGGAAUAAUUUAGUACAUUCCAAAAACUUAGAAAACAUAUUAGGAGACCUAGAAAAUGCUGAACAUAGAAUCUUCACGGAAGCGAAUAGUUUAAAGACUGAAGCUCAAAGAAGGGAGAAGGAUGCUGAUUACUUGAGUCUGGAGAGUAUGUCUGCUUUGGAGGAAGUAUUAAAAGUCAGGAGGAAGGUCAGCGAGCUAGUGGCAGUGUUAGAUGAGUUCGCGAGAGGAGAGAAACAUCUGAGUGCUCAUAGGGCGAUAAAGGAGGCUCGCCAUCUACUGCGACAGAUCAAGGAUGUCAAGUUUAUAGACUACGUGACCGGCGCCAAUGAUGUGUUUGAUUCUGCACAUCUCCAAUCAACGGCAGUACAGGAGAGGAAUUAUAGACUUGAAGACACAUACAGACGGCUGGCGAGGCUGAGAUCUUCACUAGAUACCUGGGAGACGAAAGCUGCAGAGCUACAGAGGCUGGCGGAGACUGUGUGGAGGGCUGAUGAUACUGUCGCCGCGCUCAAAGUGCAAGUACGACCACGACUAGCUGCACUCAGGGAUCUGGGGCUGCGGUGCCGACUUGUGCUUGAGGACAUCACAAUAUUAUCAGCACACAACAUAACGGACGAGAUUCGGAGCUCGUUACUCCAGGGUCAGACUCUGGGUAUCAGGUUCCCAGCAUUAAUAUCAGAGCUGGCGGUGCUGACCCAGGCUGCGGAGGAGAAGGAGGGCAUCCUCUACAACCUCACUCCCGUGUACAAGCAGAAAUACUUGGAUGCCGUGGAGAAACAUGUUGCUGAGUUGGGAAUCAAAGCUAAAGAGUAUAAAAGGUUAUUCGCGGGCAGUCGUGCGGCAGCCUCGCUGGGAGUAUCAGCAGCGCAGGCUUGGUCCCAGGUGGCGGCGCUGGUCCACGAGGCGGCGCUGCAGGCGGAGGAGGCGGGCCGCGCCGCCGGGGCGGCCGCCGCCAAGGUGCACGGCAGCGUGUCGCUGGCGCAGUCUGCUGCUACUGGACGACAGACUUCCGAAGACUUAAAGGCACGAGGACAACAAGUGCUCGCUAAGGCUGAUGAGUUAAGAAACCAACUAGAACAUCUGCGCCGCGGAGCUGACGUAGUGAGCGUCGUGUUGAGAGGUCUAGGAUGGCAGGAGAGGGAGCUCAGUGGCCGACCCAAGGCCAACGUGCAGGAGAUCCUUCAGGCAGCCAACGAGCAGGCAGACAGGGUGUUCACCAGCACCAGGGUACUGUACGAUGAGGCCAGUGAGCUCCGGAGGAGGGUCAGAUACCAUUUGAGAAGACAGCUCACUGAGUUACAGAGACAUGGAGAUACCGCGCUAGGAGCUGCGCAAGAGCAUGUGUCCCAGAUCCGCAGUAACACAGUGCGCGGCGCGGAGACGGCGGGCGCGCUGGCGGACGCGGCGCGGGCGCGCGCGCAGCAGCACGCCGCCGCGCGCACACAGCUGCGGCCCGCGCUCGCACUGCUGCGCGACAAACUGGCGCGCGCGCGACACGCCGCGCACACGAUCUCAGUAUCCCUAACAUCAGUCCCGGGCGCAGGAGUGGGCUGCGCACGCGCAUACAGUGUCACGUCAGCGUCCCCCGCCGUCACUCGCCUGGCACUCGCUCUAUCAUUCGACAACAAGGUCAGGGACGGACCUCUACUGUAUCUCGGAGAUGAUACACAGAAUACGGAGCGUUACAUGAAGUUAUCAGUAUUGAACAGCAAGCUGCACCUGUCGUGGCAGCUGGGGGGCGGGGAGGGGGAGCUGGUGCACCCUGAGAUACUGCAGCACACGCAUGAUGAUGCAGACCAUACUUCCUACAGGGUGGAGAUUGAACGGGUAUGGAACUCGGUACAGUUAGUGGUGGAAAAAGCUGGCGCCAACGCCGUCACUGCCCGUAACUCUAGCGCCCCGCGAGCACACAGUCUACGCCCCCGUCGCUUGUGGCUGGGGGCCGCCAACGAAGGCACUACGGGCCCCACGUCGGGCCCCGGGCUACCGGCCUGCGUACACGCGCUAUAUUCGGACCAGCGAACGCUCGGAUUGUGGAACUUCGCUCACCAACCACGCGAUGCACAAUGGUACAGUGGCCGUGGCAGCGAGCCGUCGAUGGUGUGGUUCAACGGUGCCGGGUACGUGGAGCUGGCUCGGUCCAGGGCCCGCCCGGCUGACAGGAGGCAGUUCAGUGUCGCAUUCACAUUCCGAACCAGGGACGAAGAUGCUCUGCUGUUCAUGGCACUCGAUACUGCUAACAACCGUUCAGUGUCAGUGUGGCUCCGGUCGUGUCGCGUAGUGUUCGACGUGGAGUACGGCGGGUCCCGGCUGCAGAUCACGGCGGCCGGCUCGCACUGCGCCGGCCGGCCCGCGCACGUACAGGCCACCAGGGUCUUCGCCAGCAACAAGCUCGAGAAAGGCAGCCUGCGCGUGAACGGCGAAGAGACGCUGGGGUCCCCCGCACCCCCCGUGCAGGCCGCCGCCGCGCUGCCAGACCUCGCCGCCGCCGUCUACUGGCUGGGGGGCGUCCCGCCGGGCCGCGGGGGCGCCGCGCCCGCCCCUCCACUGCUGGGCUGUGUCGGCGCUGUCACCGUGGACCGCGCUGGGUAUGACCUGCUGGAUGCCCCCACUAGGCACGGUCUAGAGCCACGCUGUGGGGAGAGGACACUUCGUUCAGCGAUUGUAUCAGGCGAAGGCUACAUAGAGCUCCCGUCCCCCUCACUCCGCCGUAAGACAGAGCUGGGCGUGUCAUUCAGUGCGCGUGCGCAGGAGGGAGUGAUAAUGUACCGCGCCCCUGACUCACCAGAGGACUUGCACUACCUCGCGCUCGUGUUGAUUGCAGGCGAGUUAGAACUAGUGGCAGCUGCUGGCAAGGGAGAGAUACGCUUGCGAACCAACGGAACCAGGUUCGAUGACGGGAGGAUGCACACUGUGACGAUAAUAAGGAUGCAUAAACAGUUAGAACUCUGUGUGGAUGACGAGCAGCUAGCUCGGGGCGCGCUACCAGGAGGGGCCUACCCCCCACGACCAGGGGGAUUGUUCCUCGCGGGGGUGAAGGGGGUAACACACCCGGGGAUACCACUGGAAUCAUUCAAAGGAACCAUUGCUGACUUCAUCGUGGAUUCCGAGCUGAUAGGUCUAGAGACAGCAGUGUCAUGGCACGGCGCCCAGUUAGGUCGUGCGGAAGAGGGGGCGGGGGCUGCACCCCCUCCACCCCCCACACAGCACGCACAACAUGACGCCGCGCCCGCCUGUACUAAGACAUCAUCGUACACUGUGGAGGCAGGCGCGGUGAAGUUUGGCGACGUAUCACAUAGCCACGCCUGGCUGCGCACGCGCAAACGUGGGGAUAUUGCCAUCACGCUGCAGAUACGGACAUAUGCUACUGAUGGACUGUUGUUACUGGCACCGGGUUCCAAAGCAAAACCAAAGCACUUCAUGUGUCUAAUGCUACGUGAGGGCAAGUUACGCCUGGUGGUGCGCGGGCGCAAGCGGAAGGAAGUGACCCUUCCCCCCACUGUCAGUGACGGCGCCUGGCGACAGGUGUCGCUGAAAGUAACGCGGGGCCGAGCCUGGUUAGCAUGCGCAGGCGCAUCCGCCACUGUACGGGGGGCCGCUGCUAGGGCGCAGAGGCUAUAUGUAGCCGGUCUACCACCUCCACCUGCGCUACCUAAUCUGCCUAAUGCUAUCACUCGUAUCCCUGGUUUCCGAGGCUGCAUCCGUCGCGUAUCACUGAAUGGACGUGCAGAGGACUUAGUGAGAGAUGCGCAGGCGCACCACGGUGAUGCCCAUGCGACCUGGUCAAGUGCCUGGCUACUGACUUCAGACGGUUCCGAGGCAUCCACUGAGCUGAGGCUGCAGUUCCGGACUAGCGAACCUAACGGAGUACUACUGGCUGCUGCAGGCCUACUGCUUGAAGUUAAAGAUGGAGCUCUGCAGCUGGACGGCGGACACGUCGUCCGGGACGCGCCCACGGCACUACUGCUGGACUCCACUGAUACCGCUGCCACGCCUACUGCGCUAUACAUCGGCGGGCUGCCUGAAGGUGUAAUGGAAUCAACAGAAGGUGGUAAGAAUUUCAACGGAUGCAUCCGCGACGUCUCGAUAGGUGGUCAGCAGCGAGACUGGACGGAAAUGGAGUCCAUACACAAUGUCUUACUGGACUCCUGCCCAAUACCACAGUAGACUUUAAGUAGCAAGCUAUUAGGUUCAAAUUCCAGUCACAAUUACUUGGUAACAGUGCCAUGCUUAGCCGAUGGAGAGAUUGGUGCAAAAUGGUUGAAUCAUACAUUUGUACCUAUGAACAUAAAGGCUGAAUUAAAAUAAUUUGAGUUUUAAAUGAUGUACCUAGUAGCGACAUUUUAUCUUUGUUAGUCUUAUCUGUCUCUAUCUAUCUAUACGCUGCCCCGCGAACGUUGCGCGUCAAUACGAGUGCCGUCCCGUUAUAACUUGAAAUCAGUAGAACUUUCCUCAAAUAGUUUCCAUGAGGAAAGCAUUAUUUUUAAUUUAGUACCUAUAUCCCUCAUACUGCAAAAUAUAUGCACCAUGUCGGACAAAGAUAGAUGUCGCUACCAUAUUGUUUGAAGUCUGUAACGUGCCUUAUAUUCUGUAAGUUUUACCAAAUAGUGCCAUUAUAAUAUUGUACCCAGAUAAGUGAGUAAAGUCUGAUUCACAACCAAACCAACAUUUUGAUUAAAAUAUAAAUA